GCCGCUGCGGGGGCUGUGAAACCCUCCCUGUGCCUCCCCAGUGCCUCCCCCCUGGCCCCUGUGAGGGCUCCAAGGAGACCUGCCGGAGAGGGGCCCUGGGAGGGCUUGGGAGCAACCCGGCUCCUCUGCACGGCUCCCCUCUCCCUCUGCCUGGCCCAGUUGCCAUCCCUACCCUCUUGGCUGUCCCCUCCCCCAAGGCAGGGCCCAAACUCUUCCAGACAAAGCCAGGGCUAGCUGGAGAGUGAGUGAAGACGGCCCACUCUGCCCAGCCUGGCUGACUGAGGGGCACAGGGUACGGCAGAGUCCAGGGCAGGCUGGGGACACGGUUGGCACCUGGUGCUCCUUGGCCCUCCCGUGGACGGCUAAGACGACCUUUCUACCAAGCUUGGGACUGCUGAGCGCUGGCUCUGAGGUCAGUGCUCGGGGGACUGCAGGAAAAGCCUUGGUGAAGAAAGUGGGGCCAGACCCUUGCUGGGGUACUCUGGGGAGGAGGCGAGGGUGCGCUCAGACCUGGGGAAUCCCUCUGCUUUUGUAGAGAGUGGAAACAGGGCCCAGUGAAGGAUAGUGACUAGCCCAAGGCCGCACAGCAAGAUGUGUUCUGGGAUUAACGGGGUUCUGAGGGAAGAAAGAAGUUUCUAGACUGGACCUGCAGAGAUAUGUCCAGAGCCAGGCCUGCCAAAUGUGCCUUGGGCUUGCAGGCAGGGAGAAGCUUCAACUGCCCUCAAGACUAUUCCAAACCUUGGUCUGGUGGGGCCUCUUUUCCCUGCAAGCAGGCCCUUGGUGGAUCAGAGGGGCUGUAAAAGGACCUGGCAGCUGGUUUUGCUGUGUGUUUCAGGGAGGGUGGCUUGAUAUUUUCAAGUGCUUUAGAGUCUCUUGCUUCCAAGAAAACUACUAAAAUGCUAAUUAUAGCCUCAUUUAUCUUUUUAUUAAAGUGCUUCUUCCCCUGGGACCAAAGUCUGGACCAGCUUUGCUAGCCUGAUAGGAUCUCCAGACCCACGGGAGGGCCUUGCCAUAAUAUCAGGGCUAACAGGGUAGAGACCUCUCCCAUUUCUGAUUGCCCUUUUCUUACUCCCAGCCAUGUACUUGUACUGCCUGGGGGAGGUUAGAAGGCCAGUUUUCUCCCUGUGGGAGAUGGUGGUGGGCACACCCCCAUCCCUUCUCUGUGCUCAAAUUCAAGGGCGGGCCAACCCACGUAUGGCUGCCCAGCCAGAGUGCUUUCUAGGCCCAAUGCCUGAAAGGCAGAGGCCGUGGGCAGCUAGACGGGCAUCAAAAUUUCCAGCUGGGAGGGGUCGUGUUCUGUUUGAAAACGCUGGAAGGAGUGGCGGCAGGGAAUGGGUGGGAGGUGGGGGGGCUGCCCUGGAUGCUCUCAGUUGGCUGGGUGCAGGGCGAGGCUGCAGGCAGGAAGGAGGCUGAACGCAGGGAGCUGGGAGCUGGGAGUGAGGUCCUGCCGCUGCUGGAACAUUUGCCUGAAAAAUCCAGGCAAUUUCUGGCUUCUCUUGGGAAACCGGAAGGGCCAACUACACUGGGUCUGUAUUCCAUCAGCCUGGGCGAGGCACCGCCACUUCCGCAAGGACACUCUCUGAGUAGACCUGCCACCAGCCCUCUGUGGUCUCACAUUACCUACCGGCCAGGCUCUCAGGUGGGCAGGGGAUAUAGCAGAAAGCGGACCUGAGUUCAGGCCCAGCUCCAUGUGUGACCUGACACUCGUCAACCUCUCUGGUCCUCACUGUUCUAACCUGUAAAAUGGCCAUGAUGUUCUCUGCAGCUAGGAGCCAUGAGCACACAGGGUCCUAGCCUCCUGGCCUUCCUCACAGCUCCUGUCACUCCGGGCAGCCCCACAGAGGUGGCUGACCCCCUGCCCAUGCUCAUCGUCCUUGCUUGCAUCUUCCUCCUGCUGGCCAGCUGUCUGCUGUUCAUGACCCUCUGCAGACCAGCCGCGCUGGACCCGGCCCAGCGCCGGGCUCGGGAGUGCAUGCCCCACCACCCUGGGAGCCCCAGCGAGCCGCAGCUCAGGCUCUGGAAGCGCCUGGGCUCUCUGCGCCACUCCCUGCACAGCUUCCGCCGGGGCAGGCCUGCUCCCCGACGCCCCCUGCCAGGCUGCGAUGUCACCCACGAUUGCGACUGCACGGAAUCCACCAAGAUGUGAUGGGGCGGCUCUGGCCUCCCGGACCCAGCCACGGACCCAGCCACGGACCCUCCUGCCUCGGACAGAGCCCGGAACCAGGGGCUGCGGACAGACGUGGGCCACACGCUCAGCCCCAGUGGUCCUCUGUGUGCCCAGGCCCGUGGCCUUUCCCAGACACAGCCCUGGGAGGAGGACCUGCCUCUCUGCAGACCCUCCAGCUGCUGCCUGCUGAAAGACGGCUGGGCCGACUGCGCGGCCGGAGGGUGCGAACUGCAGCCCCCGGUACCCUCCUCCGGCAACCAGGCACCAGCCACCUCCGGGAAGCAGUGCCCCUGCUCCCCAGCAGAAGUCCUGCUCACCCUCCAGGUGCCAAAGCCCAGCGUGGAUUCCAGUUUGACUUGCCAAACGGCCAAAGGUUCCCUCCAGCCAAGGGAAAUACUCGGCCUACAUGGGGGGCAAGGUACUGUCUGGCCCUCUGUGCCAACUCAGUGCCCGAGGCAAGAGGAAAGCCAGGGACUUCUCUCCUUGGAAUUCCUGGGCCCCUCCAGCAUUCGCCUGAUAAUCCCCAGGCGCAGCCAGCGCCCUCGUGGUGGGUGAGAUGCCCGGUGCCCGUUGGGAGGAGGGCAAGCAGGAGGCUCUCAACACUACCCAGCUAAUUGCCAUCUUGGUGCCCCCUCCCCCCCGAAGGUGCUGACGUUACAGUGGACCAGGAAGGGGCCGAGAAUGGGUUAAGGAGCUCCUUGAGAGGCCAGGAGCCGUGCUGUGUCAGAGUGGUGGGAGGCAAUGCCAGAAGCUAGACGUGAUGCCAGCUGGGCUCUGAGGACACAUCAUAGUGCUCCUGCCUCAUGCAGGGCAGGAGGCAUCCUCCCUUUGGGGUAGGAGGAUCCAGACCUCUCCAGGACAGCACCUCAAACCUGGAGCACACUAGGUCUGCUCUCGGAGUUUCUGGCAAUUGCGUCAUUGACUGGCUACCUGCCAAAGCAAUCCCACCCUAGAGUGGACUUCUCAGCAUUCCAAACCCCCAAACUCUCCCCACAGGGCCGUGACUCUGGGUCCCGGAUUUGGAGAGUGGGCAGAAGGGUUCUGAGCUGCCUACCUCCUGCCCCAGAGAGUCAGCUGGCCAGGGCCACCUGGUGCCCAGCCACAGGGCUGCCCCAGCCCCCCUGCUGUGACUCACGGUGCAGCCAGCCAGGUCUUCUCAAAGAGUGAGCUCCAGCUUUGCCACUUGUUCCCAACGGUUCCAGCUCCAGAACCAUCCCUGGUUCCCAACUGCUAGCUGGAGAAAGCCAGGGCUUCCUGGUCUGAUGUUCAGUGCCCUCUGGGACCUGGCUCCAAACUAUCCUUCCAGCCUCAUCCUGACCCAAGACUCCACACAAACUGAACUACCUGCCCUCCCCAGGCUGUGGCUUACGCUGUGCAAGGCACCGCCUCCGUGAGGCUGUCUUUGCUCUCCAGCUGAAAGCCACCUCCUGCCUGGAACCAGCCCUACCCUUCCCAGCUCUCAGACGGAGGGCAGGGAUCACUUCCUCUUGGCAGUGUGGGAGACCCACAUCUAUGUCUCCUCCUUCCUAUGCACCUGGGAGCUUGCAGAGUGAAACUGUGUCCAACCUCUCACAUAACCAGCUCCACGCACAGAAGUAUGAAUUAUGUCUCUAUUUCCUGAGUGAACGGUGGCCCCAGCUGGGUGUGUCCCCACCCCCAAAGCUUAAGGAGUCCUGGGUGGGGGAGCAUCUUCCCUCACAUGCCCUUAGACAGAAGCUUUGUCUCCAAGCAUGUUGGUGAGGUCCCCUGUACCUUCAGAGAUUGAGGCCACCUUGGUCAGAAACUUCCAGGGCCUUGGAGAAGUCACUAAUGCCUGAAUUUCUCCCUUAGAAAUGAGGGAGCAUUGGGGCUGCCCUGUCUCAGUCCUGGGCUCUAGGAUUUCAGGCUGUGUCGUGUUGGGUAAAUAGAAACCAAUUCUUCAGGUUUAGAAAGUGGGGCAGGCCUCAUUCCGCGGGCUUUUGGGACCCUCUCCCCUUCCAGCUUGUUAACCUUGUCCUGGUUCCCUGCCCAGGGCCUCCCUGUCACAUCCCAGGAUGAAUCUGGCCUACAGUCACCGGCCCAGCACUAGGUGCUCUCUUCCUGGAGACCAGGGGUGGGGGUGAGGCUUCUCGGAGGGCCGGAAGGAGACGUGUCCCCACUGUGGUCCUGGGAGACUGUGGGUGAGUGGGGUGGCAGGUGUGAGGCCAGAGGAGAAGCUGAGCCCCAGAGGAAGACAGCCUCCUCGCUCCUCCUUCCGGAACUCACCCCUGGCCUCUGGCUAAUCUCUGCAGUUUCCUGGACUCUCUGGGCCUCUGGGAGUCAGCACCCUGCUCCCAGCCCCUUUCCUGCCAGCCUCUUGGCCCCGAUGCAGGGAGCUGGACACACUUUCAGCCCCUCCCGAUCCUGGGAGCCUGCCCCAGGGGACAGGCCCGGAUUUGCUGUGUUUGGCUCAGUCUCGGCCUCCACAGCUGGUGAAGAGGGUAAUUCAGGCCCGGCCUCCCUCCCCACCCAGCAACUGAGGCCUCCCUUUUCGGGUCCUCCCCUUUCUCCCUCGGAGCCUCAUAGCUGUCGGUCUUGCUCCCUUGGCAAAGGAGCUCUUUCUUCAUGUGCCUGUUUACUUCCCAAGAGGGGAGCUUUGGCCAAGGGCCCCAUGAAAGCCUCUCUGUUCUGGGCCUAGCUGGGCCCUGGCUAUUUCCCCUCACCUCCUUUCUGGGCAAAUGUGACAGCUCCAUCCCCUUGCUGUUCUGGAAGGCCCUCUGGGUGGCGUGGGGGAAGAGGAGAGGGUUUGGGGGAACGGGAGGCAGGCAAGGCCUUCCUUCUGUCUUUGGGGGGAGCCAGGGUGCUGAAACUAAAGGCCUGCUCUCCCCGGGAGGGAGGAGGGUGCCUGGCUACUUCCGGGGCAGCCGCUGGACCUUCUCCCGUUUCCAUCCCUCCAGGUGGCACCCGGGCCACCGUGCCACCGAGCGUGUGUGCAGCCCUGCCUGCCCCCAGCCCACCAGCUGCCCCAGGGGGGCUACGGCCACCUGCCUGCACGAUGCUGUGUCCCUCAGGGAUGUCCUCGGGGACGCUGGCCUCGUAGCUGCUCUGCAGAAAGAUGGGCCGGUUGUCGUUCACGUCCAGGACGGUGACGAACACGGUGGCCGUCCCCGUGCGCCGCUUCCCUACGGGGCCGUUGUCUGCGGGAGUUGAAGGCGGACGGGUCGUUAGCAGCCGCCUGACGGGCAGAUCCCCUGGGCAUGUGUCUUGUUCAUCUCACCCACUCUGGCCUUUGUAAGAGGUGGCUCUUUCCUUUUUUUAGAUCGAGAAUAACACUAACAAUGCCUACCCUCUCCCAGGCGCUAUUCUAACUCAUUCAGUCCUCACAAGAAGCAUGCGAAGUAGGUGCUGUCAUUAUCAGCCCCAUUUUACAGAGGAGGGAGCUGAGGCCCAAAGUGGUUCUGUGGUGGCCACCAGAACAUGGACCCAUGUCAGGGUCCCUGGCAACUUGUGAGUGCAAACUCAUUGGGGAAAAGUGUCUUUGAAGACGGAACAAAGUUAAGAACCUGGAGCUGAGGUAUCCUGGACUGCCUGGGUGGGCCACAGACCCAAUGACAAGGGUCCUUAAGAGAGAAAGGCAGGGGGAGGUUUGAUUCAGAGAGAAGAUCACGUGAAGUCAGAGGCACGGACUGGAUUUUGCAGCCACGAGCCAAGGAAUACUUCGGGCCACCAGAAGCUGGAGGAGUCAAGGAAGGAUUCCCCUCUAGAUCCUUGAGAGGGAAUAUAGCCCCGUUGACACCUUAAUUUUGAACUCCAGAGUCAUGAGGAAAUAAAUCCCUACUCUUUUAA